AUGCUUGGGCAGUUGAGAGUCCACAUUAAACCUAGCCCAAGCCGACGCUUCAUGAGUUAUUGGGCUAAGUUGGCUGAAGUAUAUAGAAGUGCAGGCAGCCAGAGAUUACCCACCAAGCUGGCACUCGUGGCAACACAAUCUGGCAGCGAAAUUAGAGAUACCAAAAUUAUCAGAUGCGGAGUGAUUCUGAAAUCUCUGACGUCGCAGAAAGAUGCAGCAUUCCUCAGUGCUCUUUUGGCAGAUGUCUAUACAACGGACCAAUACUGGUUUCGAGAGUUCUGCAGCAGAUACAGCCAGAAUAUUAAAAGCUCGCAUUCGGCAAGCCCGAGACUUAUAAGGUACGCACCAAUACUAGACGUUCAGAAGGAGGGACAAACCACUGUGUACGGCCUGCCGUCGCCAUGGCUUCUCCAGCACGGUGUAGAGCUGCGUGAAUCGGAGGCAGCGCAAUUCCAAGAAGAAACCUCGACUGAUGGCUGUCACUUGUAUCUCGACAUGAACUCGCAUGCUGCGGCAACAAAAUGUCCGUGGCCCAUUUUGAAGGUUACGGACUCGAGCUCAGAAAUUCCACUUGGUGCUCGGGAACUCAAUAGUUCUAAAGCACUAACUGGUAUCCUCGACUUCAUCGAAAACAAGCGGAACGUAAAAAUGUAUCUAGAGAGUCUCGAGUCUUCAAACUUUCUUACAGUCACCCAAAAUAUUGAACGUGUGCUCGACAACAAGCCGCGCAUAAUGAAAAACCUGGAAGAGGCAGUGGUUCAAAACAUAUACAACACCGACGACACUUUCGAAGAGCACGAGAAAGCAAAAUUGCGAAAUGCUGACGUCGAGCAAGAAAUUGCCAACUGGUCAACUGAGGCACACGCACAUAUGUUAUCUGAGUUCAAACCUCGGCUCGAUCAAUUCGUUCAUGACCAGCUUUCUGUCUCGAGAGUAUAUACUUACUCCGAGAGUAAGAUGGAAUUGAAACUUCGUGAAUUAUGCAGUAUUGCCGAUAAUUCAGGCGUUCUGAAUCGUAUCAAUUACCUGCGUGGCCGUUUAAAUCUACCGCUGCUUCCAAAGACUUCACCAGAUCUUCGAAUUUUCGAUAGGAUUCCAGCGCUGCACAAAAACAUAAACAAGCACAUCUACCAGCAGUUCUUUACGCUGCAGUUACCAUUGCUAGUAUGUGCCACUUUUGGGGUGGUUUCUGGUCAAUUUUCUGCGUACUCCAUGGGUUCACUAGCUAUUCUUGGCGUUGUCCUAGGCGCUAGUAGGAUCAUGAACCGGUGGUCAUCGAUGUUGCAGCAUUUCAAAAAUGACAUCUUAGAUGCGAAAAGAGUCAAGAUAGAAGACGGGCGUCAAGCUAUUCAAAACGAAUGGAACAAGGAAAACGCAAAGCGAGAGAUCGAAUAUCAAAAGAAAUCAGAACUUUUAAAACGUCUCGGCGAAGAAUGA